GGUCCAGUGAGAUGGGUUCGAUUGGGAAGUUUAACGUUCUGGCGUUGUUUGGAUGUUUGUUUGUUUGUGGGGGUGUUUUGGGGAUUGAAGAAGCCCGAUAUGAUAAUUAUCGGGUGUACAAAGUGAACCCUAAUGAUAAGGCUCAAUUGCUUACGCUGGAGCAAAUGUUUGCGGCUAGUGAUAGUUACAUUUUUCUGGAAUCCGGAUCGAAUGUUGGGGAUGAUUUUAUGAUCGUGGUGCCUCCGCAUAAACUGGCAGACUUCAGUGAAACUAUGGAAGUUGAAAAAAUAUCAUUUGAGCUGUUGAAUGGAAAUCUACAGCUUAUGAUCGAAGAGGAAAAGAAUCGGAUUAAAACUAAGAGAACUAGUAGAAUUUUCGAUUGGAACGAGUAUCAAGAGUUGGACGAUAUCAACAACUGGCUGGAGAAGCUUGCUCUGGAGUAUGAUCAAGUGGAAUUGAUUGAAGGAGGAAGAUCAUAUGAAAAUCGUACAAUCAAAGGGGUUAAAGUGUCCUAUAAGAAGGGAAAUCCGGGAAUUUUCCUUGAAGGUGGCAUCCACGCUAGAGAAUGGAUUUCUCCUGCAACCGUUACUUACAUUCUGAAUCAGCUGCUCACCAGUGAAGAGGAACAAGUUCGCAAAAUUGCUGAAAACUACGACUGGUACAUUUUUCCUAGCGUUAAUCCGGAUGGCUACGUGUAUACCUUCAAAAAGGAUAGAUUGUGGCGUAAGACCCGAACUCCUUAUCCGGGAGGUUGCUUUGGAGCCGAUCCGAAUCGUAACUGGGACUUCCAAUGGCUUGAGAAAGGUUCCAGUUCCCGCUGUACGUCUCAAAUAUUCGCUGGACCUGAACCUUUCUCCGAAAUCGAAACGAAAACUCUCUCCGAUUACAUUAGCUCUCUGAAGGGGAAACUGCAGAUGUACGUAUCUUUCCACUCAUUUUCCCAGCUGCUCCUAUUUCCCUAUGGACACACCAGCGAUAGGCCAUCAAACUACGAGGACCUGAACGAAAUUGCCAAAGCCACGGUGAACUCACUGGCCAAUCGCUACGGAACCUGGUACAAAUAUGGCAGCGUCUACGAUACGAUCUAUCCGGUGAGCGGAGGAAGUAGCGAGUGGGCGUACGGAGUCCAGGACAUCAAAAUCGUCUACACCUACGAGCUGCGGCCGGCUCAUGGGUGGGCAGGAUUUGUGCUGCCUCCUGAGCAAAUUGUUCCAACCGGAGAGGAAACGCUGGAUUCGCUCGUAACGAUGGUGCAAGAAACUGACCGGAGAGGUUAUUUAAAGUUGUGAUUGUGAUAACUAGUAUGCAUUAAAAUUAAUAAAAAUUCCUUUGGAAGCAAACGAUUUGUUUUUCAA